CUCGGUGACGUCACGAGGGCUGGAAAACCAAGAUGGCUCACAAUGUUUGGGUAAAGCGUUCCAUGCUCAUGCGGCGGGAUGCGGGUCGAUCGUUCACUUAGACCCAGUCUUGAGAAGAAAGAAUUUGAUAUAUUUUGUGUUGCUGCAAAACUCAUUCUGCGGAUUGUAGGUAUGUAUGUUCGAGAAUCGAAUAUUGCACGUUGCAGCUCCGAAACGCCAUGCUUUUCUCCAGGUUCGGACUGCUGGGAGGAGGGUAGAUCGCAAGGAAGAUCCCUCCAUUCACGGGCUGAGUCUGGGUCUACGUUUCUCCUGUGCUCGCUCGGUUCUACUCAGCUCGGCAUGCUUGCAGCGAACCAGUGAACUACGGAUGCCUGUUUAGAGGGCUGACUCAAAGGGUGUGUUGUGCUCGUGUGAAGUGUUUGGAACAGAGUGGAAGAAAGAAGGGGGGGAAAUAAAAUCCCUCCAACGUGCGUGACCGAUAUCGUGUUCCCAUUGACAUGAUAAGUCACAAGUAGCGGCAGCAUCAAAGAAGAGUACACGGAUAGCCGUUGGCUUCGUAUUUCUCACCUUGUGUGGAGAGCCCGACCUGGCCUAUCUAGCCCCAGCUUCCUGCGUUCUUGCCUUUACAGUCGAAGCUGCAAGGAAGAGGGUGAAAAACCCCUCCGUUACCUGGAAGUCAUCCUAUGAUUUCAGUGUAGCUCACUUAAUUACAGUGGUCUUUUGUGUUUUUCUUUCAUGUGGUUUACAUUGCGUGGAGUUUUCGAGUCCUGUAUGAUCGCACGUGUGUCAUGGAGGGGAAAGUUUGCAGUUUGUUGUGCCUAAACUGCACUAACAGGAGAGGAGAAAAGUGCUGGUUUUGCUGCAGAACUUCAAGCAGAAGGUAAAAGGUGAUAACGCGGCCUAAAUGAAACCGCGCGGCUGUGUGUUGGUGCCAGUGAAAUUGUUUUAUGACACUGCCACAAAUACCAUCAGGGGAUCGCAAUGAGAAGGCCGUGCUGCUUUACCUGUACACUUCCCCACAGCAAACAGCGGUGGAUGUUUGCGGUGUUGUUGAUGAUAUUGAUGCUGGCAGUAGUGGUUGAGGCUUGUGUGCCAAGCUGCCAGUGUACCAUGGUGACACCCACAAAGAAAAAACAAAAGGGAAGGAGAGUAGAAUGCUCCAAACAUCCUGCACCUUUCACAACCCUUGCUCACAUUUCUUUUCCACCAGACACUGUUCACUUGGACCUUACACAGAAUAAGCUGACAAUAUUGAUGGAAAGGUCUUUCAUCGAGCUAUCUAUGCUGCGUAAACUAAAUCUGAGCAGCAACCAAAUCACAAUCAUUGAACCAGGUGCUUUUGAAGGCUUGCAGAAUUUGAGACAUUUGGAUUUGGCAAACAACAACAUCGGGACUAUUAACAGCAGCAUGUUUACGGGUCUUCCAAAGCUGGAGAAACUGUGGCUGAAUGAUAAUCGAAUCAACACCAUACCUGAUGGUACCUUCAAUGACCUAACUGCCCUGCGGACCAUUGAUUUUGGGUCGCCAUUUCUGCAGUGUGAUUGCCAUUUGAGAUGGGUAGUGCAGUGGGCAGAGAGCAAGAAGGUUCGAUUAGCCAGAACCACAGUAUGUGCAUUGCCAUCACCCAUGCAAGGCCGAGCUCUGCGCAAGCUGACUACAGAUCAGCUUCAUUGUGGUCAUGGCCUUCAGUUGCCGGUGUUUGAAAUAAAACCUGCUCAAAGUCAGCUAGUUUUCGAGGGUGACAAGCUGCCAUUUGAAUGCCGAGCAUCUUUUGGUUAUGGUCGCACACAAAUUGCUUGGGUGAGGGAUGGAGGUAAAGUGGUGAUUGAAACCAAUAAAACAGCAGGCAUUUUUGUGCAUACCAGCUACACACCAGAUCGCACCAUCAUCAGCCACAGUCUGGUUGUUGAAAACCUGGACAAGUCCCAUGAAGGAGUUUGGAGCUGUCAGGUGACCACACCAGAUGGUACAGUGACAAAGAAUGUGGAGGUGGAAGUCUUAAGUUAUGUUGGCAUAUCUUGCCCUCGGACAAUUCAAGUCACGCCCAAAGGAAAAUACAUCUUUGAAGAGAUGGUGGCAGGUGUCAAGGCGAAGCAACCUUGUCAGGUCGGUGGACUGGACAAAUUUGUGACUUACCAGUGUGAUAGUCAAGGACAGUGGCGAGAUCUUAACACAUCUGAAUGUGCAUUCACCUCUGACCUCACACGAAAUCUUCAAAAACUUGCUCAGGAGGAAGUUAAUGUCACAGAAGUAUCUGGUUAUCUCCAGCGACUGCAGCGAGUUGCAAUGACACCUAAACAACGACUAGUACCUGAGCUUACAUCUAUAGACAUUCAUUAUCUAGCUUCUAUUCUUCAGCAUCGGUUGCUACCAUUGGCUGUUAUUUCCCCAGAAGUUGUAGAAGUUUUGGUUGAUAUGGUCAGCAACUUGACAACUGUCUCUCAUUCAGUCUUACUGCAGGCACAGAUUGAUAGCCGAGCAGCAAAGAGAAUACUAGAUGUGUUGCAAAACCUUACAAAGAGUGUUCAGGUGGAGGCAUAUUUGCAAGAAAAAUCCCUCAAUUCUAGGAAUAUUGCCAUUGUUUUGUUACGUGACAUCCCUGUGAUGGCAUCGCGAGUUCACUUGCUCACUGCGGAGCUCUCGACGACCUAUCGAUUCAGAAAGCCCUUUUUCCUCCUUUCAAAUCAGUGCCCACCAGCAAAUGGAAAUACAGAUGUGUCCAUAGAUUUACCACCUACCCUUCUCCAGGAUGCAGGAGUUUUGGAUGAAAACAGUACCAGCGUCUUUAUAUCAGUAUUUCGUAAUGGUCGUCUUUUUCCAGUCUUGACUGCCAGUCAGGCAGACCCCAGUUUGGCCAGGGGAAAUUGGACAGUAGCUUCCAGCGUGCUCAGUUUGUCUGUAGGUCACCCUGUGCCCAAUCUUACUGUGCCUGUUGUACUUGUAUUACGAACAAGUGACAAUACUAAGCCGCAAAGAGCUGUAUACUGGGACUUCUCAGCUAAUGAUGGUCUUGGGGACUGGCGAACAGAUGGUUGUGAGAUAAUUGAACGCAAGGCUAAUCACACAGUCAUUCAUGUAUACCACCUCUCCUACUUUGCAAUCUUACAGGAUGUCUCUCAGAAGCCUCUGUUGCUGCUGAUGGAGCCUGUGAUCUAUGUGGGCAGCGGCAUCUGCAUUGUGUGUGUAAUGGUGGUGCUCGUCACUUACAUAUCCUGUUUCAGAGUGAUCAUAACUCCAAAGAAGAUGAAGCACUCAGUCACUAAUAUUUGUCUGGCACUGGUACUGCUGCUCAUGACUUUUGUUCUUGGUAUCAACCGCAUUGAUGUACAGCUGCCUUGCCAGGUUACUGGCAUCUGCUUGCAUUACCUCACCCUGGCCAUCACAUUCUGGAUCACCAUCACCUCCAACAACAUGUACAAGAAGUUUACCAAAAGCAACCGGCCACCAUCACCACCACCUGAACCAGUAUCUAUGCCACUUCCACCUAAGCCUAUUCUACGUUUUUACUUCCUUGGAUGGGGGGUUCCUAUCAUCAUAUGUGGUAUCACAGCAGCAGUCAAUCUCAACCACUAUCAGAGCACGGAAUACUGCUUCCUCUCCUGGGAACCAAGUCUUGGGGCCUUCUAUGCUCCUAUGGGGCUUCUGAUCAUCUUAAAUUUAAUCUUCUUCAUGCGCAUCUCAUGUGUUGUGCGGGCCACUGGUAGCUCACUCAAUGAAUCAGAUGAGACAGAAGAGGUCCACACCAAUGAGAUCGAGCUGGUCCCUAGCCAAGCUGACACCAACCUUGAGGUGCAAUCAGUCACUAACGAGACAGACAACUCUGGAGUGACCAACAACAACCACCACCACAACCGUCGCAGUCGGAAUGGUGUGGGCAGCAGCCCCUGUGUACAGCGUGUUGCUGCUGGUGCAAGCAGUCGAAGCACAGGGGGUGGUGAUGUAGAAGAAGAUGACGAAGAGGAAGAUAAGCAGUCAACAUGCAGCCUGCCGGAUGCAGAGCGACGCCCCAUCACACAGUUGCGAGCGUUGGUGGCGAUGUUAUUCCUGUACAUAGUAAUGUGGGUGUGUGGAGCACUGGCUGUAGCUAGCCCAUUUGUUGGCAUCAUACCUUAUCAGAGGCUUAUCUUCAGUUACCUGUAUGGACUAUCUUGUGCUUUGUUUGGCAUUUUCAUGCUGACCUAUUUCUGUCUCACACGUCAAGACUCGCAGGCCACCUGGAAGCGUUUCCUUGGCUUUGGCCCUCCUGUUGAAUACAGUGGACCAGUGGCCACAGAGCAGCAGCAGGGAGGAUCUGAACCCUCUCCCCAACCAUCUCAGCCUAAUGGCAGUGUAGUGAAAUCCAACAGCAACAUUGAUGUGUCCUUGUAUUCACAGAAGUCAUCUAACGUAAAAGCUUGCAACAUUAAAAACAAUAUGAGCAAGCAGGCUAACAACAGUAUAAUUAACUUAGUGUCCAUGCCAGCUUCUUCCUUGACAGAAGUCUCAAUCAGUUCCACCCAAGAGGGAUACCCCAAUUUCUACAACCCUCGCCAGAACGGAGCUGCACGCAAGUUUUGGCAAAAGAAUCGCCAGCAUAAGGUGCUGAACAAAGAUGUCAACAAAGACAUCAAUUCUAGUAGUCUCACAGACAAUGCUUCCCUAGCUGAGAUGAGUCACCAGCCCAGUCAAGGAACAGAAAGUGAUGGCAACACUCAUCUCAGCAUAGAGAUUCAGAUUCAGUCCAAAGAGGGAGUCAGAAACCAGUCAGGCAUUGGUUAUGAUCCUGCCCUGUCCUCAUCCAACCCAAACCUACACCGUCACAAUCAGUCCAGCAUGCAGCCGUACCAGCAUAUCAACAACACAACAACUGCAGCACUAAUCUCUGCACAUCCCAGUUCUAGUUCACCCCUCGGCUACAGGCCAGAUCAGAACUCAUACACAAGAGGAGCUCACUCUCCAAGCCCAUGUAGGUCUCACACUUCACCAGCAGGACCCCAGAAUGUGACAUCGGCAGGACAGCAGCAAGCACUACCUCACCACCAGCGCACUUCUAGCUCAGGGUCUGUGACACCACAUCCUAGUGCUUUCACUCCUGUUCAGCCACGCAACAAUACCCUACCCCGGCAAGGCAAGUCAGAGACCGAGACCAACAUGCUGUCUAGUCCCCCAUCGGAAAACAUGGUCACCCCUGAGAACUGUGGGGUGUUCAUUGAUGGCCCUCCACAGGGGCAGAUUACAGGUCAGUACCAAACCCUAGACUCCUGCAUGCAUCAACUCUACCUCACUCCACACCCAUGCAAUAUCCCUGUGAAUCACCCAUACAGCCAGUAUGUUCCACCCCAUGCUCUGCCUCGCUCCAUCAGCCCUGUGGUGCAGGGGGUGACACACGGCUUCAUCUAUCUCCCACCCCGACCAUUGCGAAGCCCAGCAUCUAGCCACCACACGCAACCAUUGUCUGGAGACAGCUCGGAUGCCAGCAGUCGCCAUCGCCGUCAUUCACGCUACAGCAAUCAAAGCAGCAGCUUACAAUCAUAAUCGUCAUCAGGUGGUUGUGGAAUUGUUGGUGGUGGUGGUUGUGGCAGCAUUAUUGAUGGCACCAAAAGUCCAGUCAUGUCUGAUGUGACAGCCACGCCACCAUCUUAUGAUGGUCGCUUGAUAGGGCAAGACUCGGACUCACAAGCCCAGGAAAAAAAGGGUCGGCCAAUAGAGUCAGACCACCACUCUGAUCCCACGCACAGGAAAAAGCACAGAUCAAGGGACAAAUAUGGCUACCAUCGUCGAGGACCUGGGGGGAUGACGAAGCAGCGCUCCUUAGGCUGGGAUGAACAGUUCAGAGGUCGACCACACAAAGUUGCAUACGCAUAUGUGAACCAUAAUUACAGGGAGAAAGUCAUGCAUAAACUGAUCAAGCAGGCCAGUGAGAGUGAUGAGCUAGCCAAGAAGGCUUUCUGGCUGCCUCGAUCCAUGAGUGAGUAUGACCGCCUGACACAGGUGGGCUUCUGCAACAUGGUUGAAGACAUGUCUUCCAGCUCUGAGGAAGACAGCAUUGACAAUGUGUGGGUACCCCACAGAGAAGGAGCAGAUGUGUUUAAGAAAGAAACAAGUGUAUGAUGCUGCUCCAACAAGCAAGACAGGGUUUUUACUGCUCAUUUUGUGUGCAGGGCUUGAACUUUUUCUUUUGGUGGCAGUGGAAGAGUUGAGUUGGGAGGGCUGUGUUGUGAACUAUAUUAAUGAAUACUCCACAAAGAUGUCUUCAAAUGUGUUCAGGGUUGUGUCUCUUGAGGACCAUUUCUUUUUUGUCAUUAAAAAGUCAAGCUUUGAGAAGAUAUGACCUACAUGUUAUUGCCAACUGCCUGUGCAUAAGGGCUUUCAUUAUAAUGUUGACUUGACAUGCACUUUUUUUUUAAAAAAAAAAGAGGUGUGGGGGUGGUUGGUGGGCUGCAGAUACAGAAAUUGUAAGUUUAUGAAAGUUAUUUUUUUCUGAUCUUAAAUUCUGUUUUUCUGAACUCACCUGAUGCGGGUUUUAUAUAUCAGUAUUGUCUUGAAUGAUCAAAAGACAUGUGACAAAGUAGUGCACAUUCUCAUAGGAAACCCACUGGCUGAUUUAUUUAUUGUCUUGUGUGAGUCAUCCUGUCCCACAGAUGCUGUCUGUCAAUGACCAUAUUAGACAUACUCAUCAGUCAUGUACAUAAGGAUAUGAACGUACUUAAACUAUAUGUGAACCCAAUGCAAGCACUGUUUAAUUUUGACCUUCACACGAAAGCUGAAAAUGUUGCUUGAAGCUGAAGCCGUGUGAGUGAACACUAGCAAAGGUGAAAUGUUUGUUGGCUGACUGGCAAGCAUUAGUGAGCAGAAUCACCAUUUGUUGCCUAGUAUGUGGACACACCCAUCACUGGUUGUUGUUGCAGUGGUUUCACGCCACAUGCAACUUGUUGUGUAGAGAGUCACUGGAGAGGAGGGCAAUUGUGCAUUGUUAGGGAUGUUUGUCAACACUGCCAGGACUAUGCAUGCCCACUGCUUCACGUUGGAUGCAUUGCUCAUAGUUUGUUUGGGGUUUUCUUUUUUUUUGAUAGGGGAAGGGUGAGGUGGAAAGCAUAUGAUGAAACUUAGUGAUAUUAUUGCCAUAAGCUUACCCCUCUCAGCUGCUUUCCACACUUUGUUUGACCUUUCAUGAUAGACUGCUGUACAUCCCUUCAGAUUAUUGUGGAAUCACAGCUGACUGCAGAUGACCUGAUAGUUUUUUUUAUAUAUAUUUUAGUUUCUGAGUUAAGCAUUUGCAUUUUCACGAUCCUCCUUCCCCCUCUAUUUUUUGUUUUGGUUCACAUUCUGAAGGCUGGUGUUUUGUUAUAAUUUUACAUAGGCUGAGAAUCUGGUUUUCGCUGGUAUGACCCAUUAUUUUCUUUCUGUUUGUUUUUAGGACAGACCAUUCACACUGCAUGGUCAUUUACUGUACACAUCUAUGAGUCCUUUCUGAUCCUAGCACCCUCAUUAAUAAACCAUGUGGUUCAGAAUGUAAUAUUGAAUCAGCAAGAUGCAUCCCAGCAUAAGAGACCUGUGAUGACAAGCAUAAAGAAGAGAAUAUUGUUGACAUUUUCUUGCAUUAGGUAUGAUGCUUGGUGUUGCCAUGCUUAACUCAAUACAAAUUCUCAUGGUCUCGUUAUAUGCUUGUAUCCACUUCUCACAUUUAUUAACUGAUUUUUUUUUCUAGCAAUAAUUUAAUUCAGGCUGACCAAGUUGUGUUGCCAGUGUGUAAGUGUGGGAAGGAGCAUGUGUGUACUUGUGUGUGCCUCCAUAUAUGAACUUGCCCAUUCAUCAGAGGUCAGGUAUUGCUGACAUUGUUAGCAUCCAUAGAGCAUUUCAAGUGCAGCUCAAUAGAAAAUCUAACUUAGGUAGGGGAUAGAAAUUCAGAAACAACAAAAAAGAACUGUGCACUGAAAUAAAUGUUGCAAUGUCUUCUAUUGAGCAGAUGUAGUGUCUGUUCUGUAAUCUGGCGCCACAUGUAAAGCAUUGACAUUUAUUAAAUGUUGUCAUUAGAUCAAAAAAUAUAUAAACAUUGAUUUCCUAUUUUAAAAUGGUGCUAUCUUGUGAAUAUGAAAAAGUUGCAUUGGAGAGAAAAAGGAAGUGUUCAGAAAUUUCUGAUUUUGCUUCGUGUUUUCUAAUGAGUGAACCUGAAAAUAAGAAAGACAGGGUAUUAAUGUAGAUAGUAUCUGAAGAGCAGAACAAACCAAUCACAUUGUGCAAUGAAAAUACAGUUUUAAAGCUUGCUUCGCUGCAGUUGUCCACAAAUGUUUGCAGCAUCUUGCAUUAUUCAUCCAAGGGACACAACUGAUACACAGCGGUAGCAUGAAGCGUUGUUAGGUACUUGCUCUUGUUUUUCUCUAUUUUCCUGAAAUUGUAAUUUAGAUUCUUAUUUUUGUUUACACAUGGGGAUAAGGGUAGGUCAUUUUAGAGACACCAUAUUUGAUCACUAUUUACCUUAAUGAAGGCCAGAAAAUAAAGCUGUUAGCCAUACAUGCCAAUGUAGGUUUAUUUUUCUUAUUUGCAUUUUUUAAAUCUACAAUCUAACCCACAUUUAGCCCCCUUUUUUUCCAAUCUUGUGUCUCCUAUUGGUGCAGGUGGGCUAAAGAAAAAAUUUAUUUCCAGUGGCUGGGGUGCAAAACUGCAGCAUGUCUAUACCAUCUUCUUAAUAUAUUUAACCCAUAUGCAUUCUUCCAUCUGUCAUUGCCUUCCCCUACCUGUCUACAACUUCUCCAACCCCGCAUGAUGGUGCUGCAUUUAAAAAAAGAUUUCGAUAUCAGCCAGUUUAGACUUGAGCUAUGGCAGGAGACAAAUCAUAAUUUUUCUUGUUAAUCCUUCCCCUAUCCCAUGCUUAAAGAUUUAAUGCCUGUAUGUAGUCAUUUUUCUAUUUAUCAAGAAUUGUUGUGAAGCAGUCUUUCUUUGCAAGUGUACAAAUCUUGUAAUACAUGUAUUUGAAACGGUG